GCUCGUUGUCGGCGGCGUCGCCUAGGCCCGGGCCCGCAGCCCACAGAUGGACCGGCGUUCCUUUGGAUUUCCAUACCGGGAUCCUCGCUUAUUAGCCUAUCGGCUGGAUCGGGAAUUUCCUGCCCUUCAUCUAAGGACGUAGCUCGUGAAUUUCAACCUUCCAUCGAUAAUCUCGGAGGAAAAAUUUCAACUGUGUACAAAACAACAGGGGACAUGGUUGGAUCGACGCGAAACCUAAUUCGCGACAAUAUAGCAAGUGCCAAAAACCUCACUAAUCAAAAAUUUUGGCAGACGAGAAAUCUCCUCAGUGGGGCUAAACUAGAGGCAGCUAAAGCAUCCCACUUGAUAAAAGCGUGCAUCAUGGACCAAAAUCUACAAUUCGCUAAAAUACAGCGCGCCAAUUUCGUCCCUUGUCGAGGCAAUUUUUCUUCACUGGUCGAACUAAGAAAACAAAUUCUUCAACUUAAACAAGUCACUGUAAACCUAGUACCUGGUUGCAUCCAUUUAAACCCUCUGGAAAGUGAAAUGGAAAACCUCCGCUUGUGUCUCAGUACAAAAAUAAUAGAUCUACAAACGCAGCUACUCUUACUAGAACAAAAAUUCGCAGACAAUGUGAAGAACGUGGUAAAUUUAUCCACCAAUUGUGUCACGAGGGAAACAGGAGAUGUCCACACUAAACUCGGUGCGGUCGAAGGCGCCGUGAAAAAUUGCAAAAACACCCAACGACUCCACUGA